CUCAUACUAUCACAUCUUACCGUAUGUUUAGAUAUCAAGUAUUAUAAAGUUGAAUACAAUUUUAUUUCACCUUUUAAAUAAUCUUAAGGAAUCAUUAAAUUAAAAGGACAUCCAGUACUUUUAUCACACAGAAAAAUGGCUUUAAAAUGGCUUUUCACUGAUUACAAUUACUGUAACCUACACCACAAACAUAAUUCAGAGACAGAAGCGGAACGAUGCGAUGAAACGCAACUGCAAAAAAUAAAUGCCAAAAACGAACAAGAUGAGGAAAAAAAGGACCUUAAGAAACGAAAUGAAAAAAAUGAAGUAAGGAUAAAAGAGCUUGAGAAAGAGCUUCAGAAACAAAAAGAAACGGCGACGAAUGAUAAGAAAAAUUUACAAAAGAAAUUUGUCCUUGAAGUAAAACUGCGAAAAGUUCAAAAAAAAGAGUAA